GGUGACUGCGGUCAAAGCUUUACCGACAAGUCCAGCCUCACCCGGCACUUACGGAGCCACACCGGGGAGAAGCCUUGUGGAAAGAGUUUCACAAUGAAAUCUGACCUCACCAAGCAUCAACGCACCCACACUGGUGAGAAGCCCUUUGCCUGUGACACCUGCAGCAAGAGCUUCAGUCGCAGCUCCAACCUCACCCAGCACCGCCGCACCCACACUGGGGAGAAGCCGUAUGUCUGGCCUUUUGCCGGUACUGCCUGUGGGAAGAGUUUCCCCCAGAAAUCCAAUCUCACUGUGCACCGCCGCACCCACACUGGGGAGAAGCCGUUUGCCUGUACUGACUGUGGGAAGAGUUUCACUCAUAAAUACAGCCUCACCCACCAUCACCGCGCCCACACUGGGGAGAGGCCCUUUGCCUGCACCUACUGUGGGAAGAGUUUCACGAAGUACUACAGCCUCACCAAGCACCAUCGCAUCCACACUGGUGAGAAGCCAUUUGCCUCUAUCACCUGCAGCAAGAGCGUCACCCGGAAGUCCAACCUCGCCCAGCACAUGCAGAUCCACACCG